CACCCAAAAAAAUUUGCUUACGGAACUGGUAUUUCUGGAGAGACAAAGCCAGUACUGACUAGGGCGGAAGCAGCAUCUCAGACUCGAAGUCAGUCGAACAAAAUGUCGAUAACACUCAACAGCGGGUUCAAAAUGCCAGUAAUCGGUCUUGGUGUUUGGCGCAUGGAAGGAAAAGAAAUCAGAGACCUCAUCAUCAAUUCCAUCAACAUUGGUUAUCGCCAUUUUGACUGCGCUGCUGAUUACAGGAAUGAAUCAGAAGUUGGAGAGGCACUAGCAGAAGCAUUUUCCACUGGGCUUGUUAAGCGAGAGGAUCUCUUCAUCACCACCAAGCUUUGGAAUUCAGAUCACGGACAUGUUGUGGAGGCCUGUAAAGACAGUCUAAAGAAGCUUCGGUUGGAUUAUCUAGAUCUGUACCUUGUUCACUUUCCUGUUGCCACGAAGCACACCGGAGUUGGUGCAACUGACAGUGCUUUGGAUGAGGAUGGGGUGCUAGAGAUAGACACAACUAUUUCUCUAGAAACUACUUGGCGUGCUAUGGAAGAUCUGGUUUCUCUGGGUUUAGUUCGUAGUAUUGGGAUCAGCAACUAUGACAUCUUUCUCACUAGAGAUUGCUUGGCCUAUUCCAAAGUGAAGCCUGCUGUGAAUCAGAUUGAAACUCACCCAUACUUCCAGCGUGAUUCUCUUGUCAAAUUCUGUCUGAAACACGGCAUCUCCGUCACAGCCCACACUCCACUUGGAGGUGCUGCAGCCAACACUGAAUGGUUUGGUUCAGUUUCAGCUCUGGAUGAUCCAGUUCUCAAGAAUCUUGCUGAGAAAUACAAAAAGACAGUGGCCCAGGUUGUUCUUCGAUGGGGCAUUCAACGCAACACGGUUGUAAUCCCGAAGACGUCAAAACUCGAGAGAUUGAAAGAGAACUUUCAAGUCUUUGACUUUGAGAUUUCCAAAGAGGACAUGGACCUCAUUAAAAAGGUGGACAGGAAACUCCGGACCAAUCAACCUGCCAAGUUUUGGGGCGUUGAUCUAUUUGCUUAGGUUUUCUGUAAUUCUACCCAUGAGAGUAAAUCCCUUGUGUUUGCUAAGAAUAAACCGAGUGCUGGAGCUACUUGACUCUCGUUGGACUCGUAAACUCUAGAUUGAUCUAAAUCAUUCUUCAAAGCUAAAAAAUAUGUCAAUGAACCAACUUUCAAAUGUGGUUGUUGGCCGUUUUUAGUGUGUAUGUUCGUUCCUUGCUUGUCUCA